UCCGGCGCCUGCUGUUAACCUGCCUCAGCUGUUGGCGCUAGCUAGCUGGUAUCAGCUGUGUAGCUCAUAGUAAUGCCUUCUAACAUUACUCUACCUCAGUGACAUUUAGUUGGUGCUUGUCAAACGGAACUGUUAAAAGCAAUGGGGCUACCGCAGAGCUCGUUUUUGUCGGACGGUGGAACUAAUAGUGGAUAUCAUGUCCACGGGGUUCAAGAGGACUCCCCUGCUCUGAAGUCUGGUCUGGAGCCCUUCUUUGACUUCAUCCUCUCUAUAGGAAAUACCCGACUUAAUAAAGAGAGUGACUUGCUGAAAGAUCUCCUAAAAGCCAAUGUAGAAAAAGCAGUGAAACUUGAAGUGUACAACUCUAAAACCCAGCGGGUGAGGGAACUGGAGGUGACACCCAGUAACAUGUGGGGUGGUCAGGGUCUGCUGGGGGCUAGCGUCCGCUUCUGCAGCUUUGAAGGAGCCAAUGAGAACGUGUGGCAUGUCUUGGACGUAGAAGUUAAUUCUCCUGCCGCACUGGCUGGACUUAUUGCACAUGAUGACUUCAUUGUGGGAGCCGACCAGGUGUUACAGGAUUCAGAAGAUUUCUUUUCAUUGAUUGAAGCCAAUGAGGGGAAACCUCUGAAGCUGCUGGUGUACAACAUACAGUCUGAUCAAUGCAGAGAGGUAGUGGUGACUCCCAAUGGAGCAUGGGGAGGAGAGGGAAGCCUAGGCUGUGGUAUCGGCUACGGCUACUUGCACAGGAUCCCAACUCGUCAAGUUCAGCCGAACAACCAGAACAAAAGUGAUCUGCAGUCCACGGUCACUGACGGCAGUGAAGAGCUGGCUGCAGGUGACCACACUGAGGUGCCUUCUGCGGCUGAAUGUAGCCCUUCUAGUGUCAGUGAAACAGGCUUGAAUGAAAGCAAAGGAGUUGUGCAGGACCUGUUUGUAACCUCACCCACGCAGCCAGCUGUAGACAUAGAUAUUUCCAACAUACCCGAAGCAAGGACUCCAGACUUAUCAGACAUGGUUUCCAGCAAUGACAUGGACCACACAUCCAUGCUUGCUAAUUAUGGAGAUGACUCUGGUGAUCAGUGUAGCUUGGAUAACUUGUCCGUUUCCCAAAGACCUUCAUCUCCAGAGAAGGACGAAGAAUCGGACAUCCAGAAAACUGAGCACGAAGCUGCUGUUGACCUGAUCACUGCAACCCCUCCAAGUACACAGGCUGUAGACGACCUCAUUGGCCCUGAAGUCACCACAGAAAACCUGGGUGACACAAGUAGCUCAGAGAUGCAAGGUACUAGUUCUGAAACCUCACUCUCAGCCAAUAUUAUGAUGGGGGAGAUGUCAGAUCCUGCUGCAACAGAUAAUUAAGAGGACUGCUGUACCAGAGAAUAAGGAACUAGUUUAACUCUCAAGCUGACUUGCAUAAAACAUUAAGAGCACACCAUGAUACAGAAAAGCUUCCCCAUAUGAUUGUAAGUUGCUUCACUGGAACUAUUUUUAAUUUACAAGAGUUUUAUUUAUAUUCAAGUGCCACUACUGCAUGCUGAAUUGCACAUUUAAGAGAGACGGAGCGUUGAGCGGAAAGUUGGUCAGAUAGUUAUAACUAUAUGAAUGUAUUACAUAAUUUAGGCACACUGUACGUCUCAACAUCAAACAGAAUGAAGCCUUAGUUGAGUCUUGUUUGCUGUUCAAAGUCAUCCUAGUUUGCACUAAAAAGCCAAAGGUGAAUAAUGUUCGGUUUUGUCGCUCUUACUGUUAUCACCUGCGAUAUAGUCUGACACAAAAGCGAGAAAAAGAAAGUUUGAGCUGGAGUUCACACAGAUCCAUCAUGUGGUUUUGUUUUCAUCCAUCAUUAUGGAAUUUGGAGUUUAUGUUUUUAUUUUCUCCUAGGUUAAGUUUGAAAUGAGUACACAUUUAAAAAGAUUUUAAUCUCAGGCCUUUACCAUUUAAGCCCUUUUGCCUUAUGUCUGGUUUUAACUGUCCUCCUUUCUUAUGUGUCGGUUUGACUUUUGAUUGGUGUAAAUGAGUGAGUCACAUGUGAUGCAGCUCUCUGACUGACUUCUGUUUCUUCCCUUUAUAUAGAUUUGAAUUAUUUUAUGUUUAUGAUUUUUAUGGAUGGAUGUAAAUAUUCAAAUAUUUAUAAAAAAAAAG